GACCUUUUCUGCUGGAUUUCUCCCCCGAUAACGAUGACUAUAAUCGUGAGUUGGGUUGCGAACUCUGCUUGGUGAAAACGCAGCGGACUACGAGCACAGCUAAAUUCCUAAUCGCAAAAUUGUUUACAAAAGUUCUGUUUUCCACCCGUUCAGGUGAACGUGAAUGUUUAAAAGUGUAAAUGUGUAAAUGUGUACGUGAGUGCGGAUGUGUAUGUGCUCCAGUGUCCGUGAGCCUGUUAAAUUAAUUUUAAAACUAAUUAACCAAAAUUCGACAAUUGUGAUUCUGCCAUCUGCAAUCGAAUCAGAAACACAUCCAAUUACUGAUUAAUAAACACAAAAGAUUCCCAAAGAAGACGGCAUAUCAAUGUCGUACAAAAGAAAAUAUUUUGCAUAGCGCAGAGUGAGAUACCCCAUCGAUAGACAGAGCAGCAGGAGAUCCAUAGCAAUAGUCCAAAGAUAAAACGCAAAUCAACCAAAUGGCCACGAACUGCGACUUCAUCGAGCAGCAAGUGAAGCAGCAGCCGUUGGCCAAUGCAGCGGUCAUGGGCGUCCAGGAGGACAAGGUGCAGGAGCCCAAGGAGUUGCAGGAUGAGCCGGCGAAGCAGCCAGUCGGCAAUCCGUACCAGCAAUUCGCUGGCGAGGAUAGCUUCGAAUGCGCCUUUGAGUCCACCAUGGAUGACCUGGAGCAAGGUGUCCUGGAUGGCUACGAAUCGGACUCGGAGGCGAGUGCCAAUGACCAGAUCACCGAUUCCGCCUCCUCCGGCAGCCUGGGCCAAGUAGUGCAGCAGCGGGAGGAGCGAUUGAGGGGCUUGCCGGGUCCACUACAUGGCCAGCACAUCGAUUCCGAGAUGCUCAAGUGCCUGCCGCGAUCGAACUCCUUCGACUUCCACAGCAGCAGUGGCAGCAGCUCGGACGACGAGGACGACCCGGAUGACGACGAUGAUGAAGUUCACCACAGCCUGGGACUCAACCUCAGCGGGAAGUUUGUCAAGGUCGAUCUCUAUUCGGGUCACCAAAGACCCGGUUAUCUGCUACCUCCCUACAUCGAACGACGCCGAUUGUCGCAGUGCAAGGAGGAGGAUGACGAGGACGAGGGCGAUAGGAGCCAGCUGGGCGGAGGAUCUGCGACAGGGGAGUCAACCAAAUCCGAUAAAGCUUCGAAGGCGCCUCCGAGGCCACCCACGCCGCAGGAUGAGGCCUCCAAGGAGAAGUUCAAAGAUCUGGAGCGGCUGAGGCAGCAGUUUAUGCACAAGAUCGAUUGGAUCAAUACCCGAAAUAUCGAGGAGAGUGGGGCGCCGCCGCCACCACCUCCUCCGCCGCCUCCCAUACCAGCCACGAUUCUACCAAAGGCCCUGAAGGCGUUACUGCACACCCAGGAACCAGUGGCGCCUCCUUCCCGUCCUCCUCCAGUUAGUCCACCGAGUCCUGCACCCACAUCCAGCGUUAUUGUGGCAAAGGAAUCGCCGGUUCCAGUAACCCCGGAGCCCGUUUCCCCACUGCCCCUGCCCACGGAGCCCCCGCUGAUCAUCAAGGGCAAGUUUAAGGUCUCACUUGCCCAGGAGACACCCGAACUGCGAGUCGAGGCCCAGCAGCUGAGCAAACUGAAGGCCAGCUCCAAUGCCCACACCAUCAGCUUCCCCUCCAGCUUCGGGGGCUACUCCUCGGUGCAGGGCCUGUUCUCGCAGCGAUAUGGCUCCAAUCGGUUUCCCACCGUCGCUCCCCAUCUGUCGAAGCAGUUCUUCGAGCCAUCGCUGGUGGAGAUUCGCACGCCGGCCCAGAGCAACGUGGCGCUCAAUACGACUGGGCUGGCCAACAGCAAUCACCAAAGCCUCACUUGUGAUACAAAUAGUUUAGCCAACAAGCCGCGCACGCCCAGCGAACGGGAGCUGGACGAGAUCUGGAUACGGCGGCAGGACGGUGGAUUGAGUGGCAGUACUGCUCCAGGUACUCCAGGUACUCCGCUUGCACCUAUGACCUUGCAGCAACAGCAGCAGAGACCCGUUUCCUUGGGAGGGGCGUCCACCAUGCCCCGUUUGCUGAGGAGCGAGAGCAGUGCCUCCACCACCAGUCCAUCCCGCCAGCUGACCAACUCGGGAUCCGUCUCCGUUUCUGUGUCCGAUGACGAGCAGGAUGGCAGCCUCGGAGGAGCCGGCCGGAUGCCAGGAUCCCGACCCUCCAGCGCCCCCGCAGAGCCAAAUGCCAAGGCGGCCAAGAAGGCCUACAAGAAGAUGGAGAAGGAGCAGCGCCGCCAGGAGAAGGAGCAGUCGCGACGGGAAAAGGAGGCCCGCAAGCUGGAGCGCGAGACGGCGAGAAGGAUCGAACGCGAGGCGGCCAAGCUGGAGAAGAUCAACAGGCACAGCGAGAAGAUCUCCCGCAGCACGGAGCGGAUGGCCAUGGCGGGAGUGGGAUCGCGGUCCGGUUCGCUGGAGCGGAGGCGAAGUGGCGAGGACUCGCCAGUGCUCAAUCAGUCGACGGUGCACGGCAUAGCGUCACCGAACCGAAGGCCCACGAUUUUCGACGUGUUCCGACCACGGGCGAAAUCCGAUGCGCGGCGCCAGAAGGAGAAGCACCUGCUGGAUCCCUCCUCCGCCGACAGCAGCGCCACCAGCAGCACCUACUCCGUUUCCGGGGGCACAGGUCCGGCCUCGAGCUCGGCAGCAGCCGCAGCAGCAGGAGGAUCGGGCGGAGCGGCGUCGGGCGGAGCGGGAGGAGCCGGUGGCCUUAUGAACUCAAUGAAGGUGGCCAUGCAGAACUUCAGCCAUCGCCAGCAUCCCGCCGUGACGAUAACGAGCGCCGACGGGACUCAAUCCACGGCAAAGAGCAAGUACAAAGACGGCAGUGCCCAUCCGCAUCAAGGCAGCGACGCGCAGUAUUACCACACGGUGACGGCGGUGCGUCCAAACUCCUCCCAGCGCUCGCCGAUGACCAAGGUCAUGGAUCUGUUCCGGCAUCGAUCCAGCUCGGUUGUCAGCGAAGCCGACAAACGCAAAGCGCGUGCGGCGGCGCAUCAACAACAGUUGGCUGUGCAAAGUGCUCACAUGCGUCGUGCCUCCGCGGAUUUGGAGAAGCGACGUGCAUCAGUUGGCGCUGCCGGUCGAGGACUUCGAGGCGAUGGUACUUUGGAUCCACACCAUGCAGCCAUCCUCUUCAGAGACUCCCGAGGGUUGCCCGUUGCUGAUCCGUUCCUAGAGAAAGUAAAUCUAUCAGAUCUGGAGGAGGACGACUCACAGAUCUUCGUGAAGUUCUUUCGUUUUCACAAGUGCUAUGAUCUGAUACCCACCUCCGCCAAGUUGGUUGUCUUCGACACCCAACUCCUUGUAAAGAAGGCCUUUUACGCCCUGGUCUACAACGGUGUGCGGGCGGCACCGCUCUGGGAUUCGGAGAAGCAACAGUUCGUGGGCAUGCUAACCAUCACGGAUUUUAUCAAGAUCCUGCAAAUGUAUUACAAAUCGCCAAAUGCGUCCAUGGAGCAGCUGGAAGAGCACAAACUGGACACGUGGCGAAGUGUGCUGCACAACCAGGUGAUGCCGUUGGUCAGCAUCGGGCCAGAUGCGUCCCUCUACGAUGCCAUCAAAAUUCUCAUCCACAGCCGCAUACAUCGCCUGCCCGUCAUCGAUCCGGCUACCGGCAAUGUCCUCUACAUCCUGACACAUAAACGCAUACUUAGGUUCCUCUUCCUAUACAUUAAUGAAUUACCAAAGCCCGCGUACAUGCAAAAGAGUUUGCGCGAACUGAAGAUUGGCACCUACAACAACAUCGAGACCGCCGACGAGACGACGAGCAUCAUCACGGCGCUCAAGAAAUUUGUGGAGCGACGGGUCUCCGCCCUGCCACUGGUGGAUUCCGAUGGUCGCCUCGUUGACAUUUAUGCAAAGUUUGAUGUGAUUAAUCUUGCCGCCGAGAAGACCUACAACGAUCUCGAUGUUUCGCUGCGCAAGGCUAACGAGCACCGAAACGAGUGGUUCGAGGGCGUGCAGAAGUGCAAUCUGGACGAGUCGCUGUACACGAUCAUGGAGCGCAUCGUCCGCGCCGAAGUACAUCGACUGGUGGUGGUCGACGAGCACCGCAAGGUGAUCGGCAUCAUCUCGCUGUCCGACAUCCUGCUGUACCUCGUCUUGCGACCAAGCGGCGAGGGGGUCGGUGGGUCAGAGAGCUCGUUGCGCGCCUCCGAUCCUGUUCUGCUGCGCAAAGUGGCUGAGGUGGAAAUACCAGCGACAGCCGCAGCGUCGACGACAACGCCCCCGCCUCGUAGUCCAUCGGCCGGAUCCGGCAAUCGCAGCCUGAUCGAGGACAUACCCGAGGAGGAGCCUGCGCCGGCGAGGAGCGACGAUGCCGACAGUGAUAACAACAAGUCCGCCAGUGAGGAUAAGGCCAACAACAACCAGCACGACCAGACGACGACGGCUGCGACAGCUAAUGGUGAUAGCAACAACAGCCCCGUAGAAGUGUCCUUUGCCGAUGAGGCGCACGAAGAAGGAGAAUCCGCCGACCAGGUCGAGCGCAGCAAUUGUGAUGAUGAUGACCAGCCAGCGCUAGCGGAGAUUGAGCGCAAGAAGGCGUCGAUGGACGACGACGAGGACGAUGGGCUGAGCAGCGCCGUGUCCGCUGCCUCCGCUUUGGGCCAGUCACUGACGCCAGCGGCGCGAGAAAUGGCGUUGGUUAGUGAAUAAACCUAAGCCUACACCCAAACCCUUAAUUUAAACAUGCUAAACAGAUACAGCUGCUAAAGAUACAAAAGAAAAACAAUUGCAAGAACUAAGAACCCUAAAACACAACAUUAAUGAUAAAGCAGAGAACAUUAUAUUUGAAUAUUAAUAGUUGUUAAGGAUAUAUUAUUACAAUUAUGAAAUAUUAUGUAUUUUACAACAAGCAACUAAAAGCAAAGCAAAAAAACAAAAGCUGUUAACAAGAUGUUGAUAUAUACACACAAGAAACGAAAACAAAACAACAAAUUACAUUAGAAUGUCUUUAAAUUUUAAACGAUGUAAUUGAUUAUUAAAUAAUAGUACAGUACAAGUC